GAAUACAUUGUAUUAGCAUCAUGAGUACACCGUACUCCCCGAUCUAGCAAGAGUUUGAACGACUAAGGUACAGAAUACAAUAUCGAUGUAGUUACUACUCCAAUUAAUUUCCCCAUAUUCCGUACUGUGUAAGUAUGGCUGCUCCACUUCUCCGUACUAGACUUGCUUAUUAGCUUCCCCACAACGGUGGUCGAAGCCCAAUCAUGGCCUUGCACUGAUGGAUCCGACCGACAGCCGAGGCCACCCAACCGUACCGUAUCAUACGCCUGUGUUACAGCUUGACGGCAAGUCCACUCGGCAAGGUCUGGACAAUUUCCAGCACCGAGCAACGGCUUCUAUGAGACUAAUCUUUGAACCAACCUGAUCCAUUGGCUGUGUCCCAACUUUCGGCUCGGUAUUUUGAUCCAUUCGCCGACAGUGUUUUUGUUCCCCCAGACUUAGGAACCGCGGCUGAUUAUGCUUCUGAUUUUUGCCCCAGGUUAUUAUAUUAUUGCGACGUGUGCAUCAUUGCGGGGGAGCUAAUAACUUCUGUCUUCUCCAAAAAGAAGUAACCUUGGAAAAAGACAUUCGUAGAAGUACUACCGUGAUCAAUAAGCUUCCAACAUGUCUUCGCCUCAACAACGACUAUCUUCUAUCGCAAACCAGCUUACGAGCCCUGGUGCUACGUCCGCAAAGUCAAAGCUCUUAGCGAAGAACCCUGACGAUGUGGUGAUUACUCUCGCCCUGCGGACUCCUCUCACAAAAGCUAGGAAGGGUGGCUUGAAGGAUACCACGAUAGAUGAUCUUCUCAUCUCACUGCUGACGGAUGUGCGCGAGCGGUCGAAGCUCGAUCCUAACCUUGUUGAAGAUGUCUGUGUCGGGAAUGUCCUUGCUCCUGGCCAAGCUUACAUCGCCCGUUCCGCUGUGCUGGCAGCUGGUUUCCCCGUCACCGCCGCAGCAUCGGUUGCCAACCGAUUCUGUUCUUCUGGAUUGCUGGCGAUCCAGAACAUUGCCAACCAAAUCAUUGCCGGUUCAAUCGAUGUUGGUAUCGCAGUUGGAGCAGAGAGCAUGAGCACCAACCCCGACAACGGUGCCCCAGAGCUAUCCGACAAAAUCACAUCCCACCCAAUCGCCUCCCAGAACAAGCAGCCCAUGGGUCAGACCUCCGAAAAUGUUGCAUCUCAAUUUGGAAUCACUCGCGAAAUGCACGACCAGUUCGCUGCCAAGAGCUACCAGAAAGCAGAGCAUGCCCAGAAGGCUGGCUGGUUCAAUGACGAGAUUGUUCCCGUUCACACCAAAGUUAAGGAUCCUAAGACUGGAGAAGUGAAGAACAUUGUGGUCGAUCGUGACGAUGGUAUUCGUUAUGGCACGACUGCCGAAUCACUCGGCAAGAUCCGUUCAGCUUUCCCCCAGUGGAAGCCCAGUGCUACAACGGGUGGCAAUGCUAGUCAAAUUACCGACGGUGCCGCAGCACUCGUCCUCAUGAAACGAUCCCGCGCACAAGAACUGGGCCAGCCAAUCCUGGCCAAGUUUGGCGGGGCCACUGUUGCUGGCUUAGAGCCCCGAAUCAUGGGAAUUGGUCCGUCUAUCGCCAUUCCUAAGAUCCUUUCCAAGUUCGGCUUGACCAAGGAUGACAUUGAUAUCUUUGAGAUCAACGAGGCAUUUGCAUCCAUGGGUACUUACUGUGUUCAAAAACUCGGUCUUGACGAAUCCAAGGUGAACCCUCGGGGUGGUGCAAUUGCUUUCGGCCACCCAUUGGGAUGCACAGGAGCACGACAGGUUGUUACUGCACUCUCCGAAUUACGGCGACAGGGCAAGAAAGUGGCAGUCACCUCCAUGUGUGUUGGAACUGGUAUGGGCAUGGCUGGUAUUUUCGUCUCCGAGGCCUGAAGCUAGAUAUUAUUGUUUAGACUGAAGGUUGUACAGUCAUGAUAUGUAAAUAUGUUAUACCUAGACAAUUCCGAGCAUAAUAUGGAGUUCAUGCUGUUAUCUCGCGCUACAGAAUAGGGACGUCGAUGUAUCUCGCUCCUGGAGCCCGGUUUGUGUUUAUGGGUAGGACCAGCCUUUGAGCUGGCGUAUGAAAGG